CGGGACUGGGGAGUCGGAGGUGGGGGAUCGCCAUGCUGAGGGCUCAAGGCGACCCCUUAGGGCUGCGGCCGCUGCCGAAGCUGGUGCUGCUGCCAGUCUUGUUGCUGCUGUUCCACCGGACUCGUCCCCAUGGCAGCCCUGGACCACUGCAGUGCUAUGGAGUUGGCCCCUUUGGCGACUUGAACUGCUCAUGGGAGCCUUUUGAGGACCUGGGAGCCCCCUCCAUGCUGCACCUCCAGAGCCAGAAGUACCAUUCCAACAGGAGCUGGACCGUGGCAGUGCCCCCUGGGCAGAGCUGGGUGACCAUUCCACGGGAACAGUUCACCAUGUCUGAUGAACUCCUUGUCUGGGGGUCUGCGGCGGGCCAGUGUCUCUGGCCCCAAGUCUUUGUAAACCUGGAAACCCGAAUGAAGCCAGAUGCCCCCUGGCUAUACCCUGAUGUGGACUUCCUAGAGGAUGACCCCCGGGAAGCCACUGUCCAAUGGGCCCCACCUGGGUGGCCACCUCAUAAGGUCCUGAUGUGCCAGUUCUACUACCGAAGAUGCCAGGAGAUGACCUGGACCCUGUUGGAACCAGAAGUAAAGUCCAUACCCCUGACUCCUAUUGAGAUCCGGGACCUGGAGCUAGCCACUGGCUAUGAGGUGUAUGGCCGCUGCCGAAUGGAGAAAGAAGAGGAUCUGUGGGGGGAGGAGAGCCCUGUUCUGUCCUUCCAGACACUGCCCUCUGCUCCGAAAGAUUUGUGGCUAUCAGGGCACCUUUGUGGGACACCUAGCAGACAGGAACCGCUGCUUCUAUGGAAGGCUCCUGGGUCCUGCAUGCAGGUGAGCUACACAGUUUGGUUCCAACUUGAAAAUGAGAAGCUGAGCCUAGAGGGGAUCCCUUGCUGCAACUCCUCCAUCCCCACCCAGGCCAAAUGGGCCUGGGUGUCCGCCAUCAAUGCCACCAGCUGGGAGCCCGUCACCAACCUCUCUUUGGCCUGCUUGGCUCCAGAAUCUGCCCCCCGUGAGGUGUCUGUCAACAGCAUGCCUGGGAGCACAGAGCUGCUGGUGACUUGGCAACAGGGACCUGGGGAGCCACGGGAGCAUGUGGUGGACUGGGUUCUGGAUGGGGAUGCCCUGGAGGACUUCAACUGGAUCCGGCUUCCCCCAGGGAACCUCAGUGUUCUGUUGCCAGGGAAUUUCCGAGAAGGGGUCCCCUAUAGAAUCACGGUGACGGCCAUUUCUCCUUGGGGCUUGGCUCCUGCACCCUCCAUCUGGAAAUUCAGAGAGGAACUAGCACCCUUAGCAGGGCCAAAGCUGCAGCGACUCCAUGAUGCCCCCUCUGGGAACCCCACCAUAGCAUGGGAAGAGGUCCCAAGGCACCAACUGCGGGGACAUCUUACCCACUAUACCUUGUGUGCACAGAGCGGAACCAGGCCUUCUGCCUGCAAGAAUGUGAGUGGCAGUGCCCAGAACAUCACCCUGCCUAAUCUCCCAGCGGGUCACUAUGAGCUGUGGAUGACGGCGUCCACCAUUGCAGGACAGGGUCCACCUGGUCCCAGCCUCUCGUUUCACCUUCCAGAUAACACCCAGAGGUGGAGCGUUCUGCCAGGUGUCCUUGUCCUGUGGGGCUCGCUCCUGAUGGGCUGUGGCGUGGGCCUAGUCAUCUUCCAAAGGUGCCCCCAUCUGAGACACAAGGUACUGCCCCGCUGGGUCUGGGAGAAGGCCCCUGAUCCUGCCAAUAGCAGUUUCAGCCAGCGCCAUGUGGAGGACGUGCCCCAGGCCCAGCCCCCAGGUGAUUUGCCCUUUCUAGAAGUGGAGGAGAUGGAGCCGCUACCAGUUAGGGAGCCCCUCCAGGCCGCUGGCCCUGCUCCCCUUGACUCUGGGUAUGAGAAACACUUCCUGCCUACACCUGAGGAGCUGGGCCUUCUGUGCCCCCCCAGUCCUCAGGUUCUAGCUGAUCUGACCCCAGGUCAGGAAAGGGGUGCUCAUUUGACAGAUGAAGACACCGAGGAUCAGAGAGGUUGAGUACCUUGCCUGACAGCCAGCAAGAAUGGAGAACAAAGCACCCCUUAUAGAAAAGGAUCUGGCCCCAGCAGGGGAAUACAUGGAUAGAUGAGGAAACAACAUAACAUACAGGAAAUGCAGAGUGGCAGUUGCUUCCGUAAAUCUAUCCUGCUGCUAUCAGAGAACUGUAGGUGGACACAAUCCCAGUCUCCCUUGCACCUAGGGACAGCCAUGCAGUGGGUUUUCACCAAUGAAAUGUGAGCAGAAGUGACAUGUGUUAGGUCUGGGUAAGAGUUCUUCUGAAUUUUCUUCCCUUUUCCAUCAACUGAAACAUCAAUGUGCCCACGAUCCAGCUUUGGCCAUAAGUAAGGGGAGAGUGGGGCAAGAAAUGGGAAGGAACUUGAGUCCCCAAGUGACUAUAGAUCAGAACCACCCAGAGAAAUAAACAUUUAUGUUUU